AUGACCGGCCGUCCCCAGCACCUCGGCAAGGAGCUCCCGUCGAGCGUCGAUCUCGCCAUCUCGGACCUUGAGUUCGCUUAUGUGAAGCAUAACGACCACGCUCGUGCCGCGGACGACCUCGUCACCACCUGGCUUUGGCACGCCAAGGGCCUGCUCAAGGAGCACACGGACGGCUGGACGACCGAGCAGUGGUCCGCCGUCCAGCGCGAGCUCGUCAACGUCAAGAACUCGGUCGCUCGCGGUGCCCAGCACCAGGCCCUCCCCGACUUGCGCUCGCCGCACACGCGCCACAUGGUGCCCAUCCUUGGCGCGCUCGAAGACGCCGCCGUCGCCGCGAGGCGCCUCGAGGAGGCGCUCCACAGCGGCCUCGGCGAGGAUCACUACGACCGCUCGCUCUCGAGGCGCCGUAUGGCCGACGACGAGCGUUUCGGGUCCCACACUUCGAGGCGCUACUAG